GCUACCUCUUACAAGGGUACCUACCCUAAGACACUUUGUCCCUAAACACCACCCCACAUGAGCCACCACCUUCUUACACGUACUCUCACCAGUUACACCACUCUAAAAACAAGCUCUGCAUGUCUGACACUGUGUGAGUGACUGUGGCACAGCAUAAGGUUUCACCAUCUUCUUCACUGCACCCACCCAGCAUGUUUUUCUCUGUGUCCAUUUGUUCUUCUGCGGCAUUGUCUUUGCCACUCAGAUGCAAUGCCAAAAUCUCUUCUCCACGGGUUGAUGUUGCUGCCGAUGCCUUCCCUUCCUUUCUCCCCAGAGAAAUGCACACCAUUCAAGACCCUUCUGCCAGAAAAUUCGCCAUGCGGAUUCAGAGGCUACCUGUGCCUGUUAGGUUCUCAGAAAAUCCCAUCAUGAGUAGUUGUGUGAAGCCAAUGGUGCAGAGCAAGGAAACUCCAGUUGUUCUUCUACAUGGUUUUGACAGCUCUUGUUUAGAAUGGAGAUAUGUCUUACCAUUGCUUGAGGAAUCUGGUAUUGAGACCUGGGCCAUUGACAUUCUUGGUUGGGGUUUCUCUGAUCUAGAAAAACUUCCUCCCUGUAAUGUGGUAUCAAAGCGUGAUCACUUCUAUCAGUUUUGGAAAUACUACAUCAGAAGGCCAAUGACAUUAGUUGGACCAAGCCUUGGCUCUGCUGUUGCCAUUGACUUUGCUGUCAAUUAUCCUGAAGCUGUGGAGAAGCUUGUUCUGAUUGGUGCUAGUGUAUAUGCAGAGGGAACUGGAAAACUGGCAACCUUACCCAGAUCAGUAGCCUAUGCUGGGGUUAAUUUAUUGAAGAGCUUUCCAUUACGCCUUUAUGCCACCUAUUUGACCUUCACAAACAUUUCCUUCAGCGCUAGCCUUGAUUGGACUAAUGUUGGCCGGUUGCAUUGUUUAUUACCUUGGUGGAAUGAUGCUACUGUGGAUUUUAUGACAAGUGGUGGUUACAAUGUUUCUCCUUUGAUAGGAAAGGUAAAGCAGAAAACACUGAUAAUAUGGGGUGAAAAUGACCGCAUCAUCAGCAAUAAGUUUGCGGUGCAACUCCACUGUGAAUUACCUGAUGCAACAAUUCGCCAAAUACCCCAUUGUGGUCAUCUUCCGCAUCUCGAAAGACCAGACUCUACCAUCAAAUUAAUUGUUGAAUUUGUGCAGAGAGAAGCUAAGCAAUUGAAUCCAUAUGCUGCACAAGUAUCAAGAUUGAACUGAAUAAGAAUUUCUCCUUAGUUUGGCAAAGAGCUACAACUGUGAAGUUAAUUUGGCAAACCUGAAGGUUAUAGAACUACAGAACUGAUUAAGAAUUUCUCCUUCCCCAUUUAGAGGAAGAUAGUUCCUAAAGUAACAUGACAUUGUUAAUAUUAUAUGUCUCUUUCUUAUAUUCUCAUUUUACAUAUACUGAUUGACUCUUCUGGGAUUGAAUUGUUUUCAAUGAUUAAUAUUAUUCAUGGUUCUAA